CAUGCUCUAGAGUGUGAAAUGCAAUAGAAUAAAAAGGAUGAAUUAAAUAACAACUACUUUUAAUGACUUUGUUCAUAAUGCUUAUUUUCAUAUUAAAGCAAUAUUACUUCGAGUUCUUUAGGACAGCACAAGAGCGUGAAUCAUGCGAUAAUGCAGUUCAUAUCUAUGGCCCUUAGAGGAGGCAAUUGGGUUGAACGAGGUUCUGCAAGAUCAGGGAAAUAAUGGUAAAAGUCCAUUCAAAUCAGAUGAUAGUAAAAGAGAGCACACAGACAGCUGCGAAGUUUUCUUGAAUAGUCGUGAUGGAUGCAGCGGAGUCAGACAGAAGGGCUUCUCCUCUGAAGAACUUUGUGGCUGGAGGGGUUGGUGGGGUCUGUCUCUUAGUCGCUGGACACCCGCUGGACACUAUCAAGGUCCGUCUACAAACACAGGCAUGUGUUGUCUACAGAGGAACAUAUGACUGCUUACGAAAGACUGUGUCCAAAGAGGGAAUAUUUGGCCUGUAUAAAGGGAUGGGUGUCCCGCUAGCUGGUGUUACCCCAAUGAUGGCUUUGAAUUUCUUUGGCUUUGGGCUGGGAAAGGAACUUCUGCAAAGUGACCCCUCCGUACCAAUCACGAACACACAGAUCUAUUUGGCAGGGAUGCUGGCAGGAGUAUUCACCACUGUGAUCGUGGCCCCAGGGGAGAGAAUCAAGUGUUUACUUCAGAUCCAGUCUUCGGCCAGUCAGCUGAAGUACACUGGACCAAUGGAUUGUGCACUUAGACUUUAUAAGGAACAAGGAAUUCGCAGUGUCUACAAGGGCACUGUUCUGACUCUAAUCAGAGAUGUGCCUUCAAAUGGUGUAUACUUUCUAACUUAUGAAUACUUGAAACAGUUUCUGACUCCUGAGGGAGAGUGCGUUCAUCAUCUCAGCACAUCCAGAGUUCUUCUUGCAGGUGGGAUUGCUGGCAUGUUAAACUGGCUGAUUGCUCUACCUGCAGAUGUGCUUAAGUCAAACUACCAAACAGCCACAGACGGGCGUUACCGGGGUUUAAGAGAUGUGCUAAGAACACUGUUACGAGAGGAAGGAGCCCAAGGUCUCUAUAAAGGCUUGAGUGCAGUCAUGUUACGAGCAUUUCCUGCUAAUGCGGCUUGUUUUCUAGGUUUUGAGGUUGCACUAAAGUGCUUAAACUACAUUGCUCCAGACUGGUGAUGACACAGUUACGACUAAUGAUGUAUACUAUACAAAUGAUAUUUGAAUACCUUUGUCUCUUUUUUCUAUGUAGCAUUGUUUCACAGCCCUUUUUACUGCCAUUUUAGACAGUGUCAGUUACAUGUCUUCAGUAAGGGGCAGAAAGACAACAAUGUGUAUUGUUUUCUCUUUUUCUUACCAUUUCAUUUGGAACAGAUGACAGAAUUUUGUGCCUUAUCCAAAGAAAGUUUACAGUCACGUCUGUUACUUGUAUGAUGCUCUCUUACCUAUUAUGCCUUAUCUCUGAUCCUGUGUUAAUUAUGUGCAAUUUUAUAGUUAUAAUUUAAAAUAAUAAUAAUAAUAAUAUACAUUAUAUAUAUAGAUAUAUAGAUAUAUAUAUCUUUCAUUUCUGGAUGUUUGAUCAAUUAUUGGUUUUGCAUUAAAAACAUGUCUUUAACAUUGUGUUUUGAAUGCAUCAAUGGAUCUGUCAUGACAAGCUAAAAAAAUCAUGCAUUUAUCUUCAUGUGAGAUUAUUUUCUACAUCUGUGUAUAAAAUAAUAUUAAUAAUAUUAACUGUAGAUCAAUUACUAUAUGUGCAAAUCACGAUCCUUGUAUCGUACUGUUACUGUAAAUAAAAUCAUAAAUGUUAUUUAGCUGGUCACCUUUGAAACCGGUCACUUGCAUCUCUAUGUAAACUACAUGAUAAUUUAUUAAAAAGGAAAAACUGA